CAGACGUAGCGCGUCACGCGUCCUGCUAACCGGAAGCAUCGACAGGGCGAUUGUUGUUUAGGAACGGCGAAAGCGAUGUUUUAAAUGUGGAGUGCGUUAUUGUAAACCGUUUUGAGCUUGUAAUAGCUACCCACAGCACGGCUGUAGAAGACAGAAAUUCUCUAAAUCAUGGCUGAAUGUUUUUAGUCGUUUUUUCCCCCCUGGCUCUGUCUUUAGCGCGAGCGGAGUGUUUUCGGAGGGUCGCUAGCUAGCUAAGCUAAUCGAAUGUAAACAAGCAGAGGAUCAGCUGUGCGAUCGGAGAAACCAGGGCGAAUCGGAAAAGUGCACUGAUGACAGCGAAUGAUCUGAUUUACUCCAUCUGUUUCGCAUUAAAAGCUCCAGUUGCCAUUGUUAUUUAGUGCAGAUAGAAGAGAUUGGGUGUAAUAUUGGCGAGGACACCUCCCUCCCUUGGCUUUCCGUUUGCUAGCUGCAGUAGUUAGGGCUGAUAGCGUUAGACAACUUGUGCAGUUUGGGCUAUUUAUAGCCUGAGGUUCUGAUGAAAAACAUUGCAAUCAGUUGGUGAAAUACACAGAGCAUUUCACGCCUAUGUCACGUUAAAGAAUGAACUAAAUACAUGAAGAGAUUCUGAAGUUAAAGCUGCAGGAACAUCUUGUAUUUCUUGGGGUGUAGAGUUGAAAGCUGUUGAAGUUUGGAGAAGGUUGGAGAAGCACGCCUGUCAUGGCCCAUCAGCAGAUGCCCAGCUCUCAGAAAGCCCUAAUGCUGGAGCUCAAGUCUCUGCAGGAGGAACCUGUCGAGGGUUUUCGCAUAACACUGGUGGCAGAAUCAGACCUGUACAACUGGGAAGUGGCGAUAUUCGGACCCCCGAACACACUUUACGAGGGGGGAUACUUUAAGGCCCAUAUAAAGUUCCCCAUCGACUACCCAUACUCACCACCAACCUUCCGCUUCCUAACCAAGAUGUGGCACCCAAACAUAUACGAGAAUGGUGACGUGUGCAUUUCCAUCUUGCAUCCUCCCGUGGAUGACCCUCAGAGCGGAGAGUUACCCUCAGAGAGGUGGAACCCUACACAGAAUGUCAGAACUAUCUUGCUGAGUGUGAUCUCGCUGCUGAAUGAGCCCAACACGUUUUCCCCGGCUAACGUGGAUGCUUCCGUCAUGUUCCGCAAAUGGAGAGACAGCAAGGGGAAGGACAAGGAGUACGCCGAGAUCAUCCGGAAGCAGGUGCUGUCCACGAAGGCAGACGCAGAGCGGGACGGAGUGAAGGUGCCCACCACGCUGGCCGAAUAUUGCAUCCAGACCAAAGUGCCUUCCCACGACAGCAGCUCUGACUUGCUCUACGACGACCUGUAUGACGACGACAUCGAGGAAGAGGACGACGACGACGACGAAGCAGAGGCCGGCGGGCCGGCUGGGGACAUGAGCGCAGACUGCUACGGCGAUGAGGAGGACUCAGGGAACGAGGAGUCUUGAUGCCGUGAAGUUGACCCUUCCCCCUUUCCGCCGUACUCCACUCUGUGUCUGUUUAAGCUGCUGAUCUUUUACAGUUUGUCUGAAACAUCAUUUCUCCCUCCUGCACACUUGCUGUGUGAGGUGUAACCCUGCACUGGGUUUUUAGAGCCCUAAUAAUGAGCCCUGGCAGAGCCUUUCAAGCAAGAACAGCACUCUAACACCACUUUCAUCACUCUCUUUUUUUAAAGGUAGUCCUGGGGGUUUAGUGUUUAAAUGAUUUCUGAUCAAGAACUUAAAGGAAUAGUUCAGUAACAGAAAUCAAAUUCCCUCUUUACCACAAAUGUAAUUGAUCAGUUUGGUGUCUGUUUGGUGUUCUUCUUUAGCUUUGGAGCGGAGCUGUAAGGCUAAUGUGCAUAACCUUUACCAAAAGUAAUGGCACACAGACUUGCAAUUGUAGUUUAGGACACAGUAUGACUUCUGUAAACAAAACUUCACGGUGUAGAUGAAAGUCCGUAUUAGAAAACCAGAAUAUUUUUUUUUAGUACUUUGGUACCAUUCUUCCUCUUAGGUACCACCUUCCAAAAUGUGAAAGAAGAAUUGUACAAAAAAACUGGAUCAGGUAUACAGAAUACAGUUCCACAAAUUAUUAUUAUUAUUAUUAUUAUUAUUAUUAUUAUGGAUUACUUGCUUUUUAAUCUAAAUAAUUUAUUUGAAGGUCAGAUGACGUAUCUGAAUGAUUUUAUUUGAAGCAACUACAUAAAGCUUUGCAUAUGCGUUUAUGGAUUAGAUCAUGGAUUGAGAGUUUACUUGUUAGCUAUACGCAAAAACUAUAGAAGCAAACAUCAGACACCAAACAGUCCUGGCUGAUCAACCACAUUUUGGGUAAAAUUUCAUUUUGAGAAUUCUUGCUUUAAAAUAAGUCCAUAUUAAUAACCACAGACCUGUCACACUUUCCCAGCAUUCAUCUUCCUCAGCCUGCCUCAAAACCUCAGGGCUUUUGGAUACUCGCGCCUCCCAGUCCAGUCAUUUCAAGUGUGUUUUUCUCGUGUCUCCACUGAAAUUCCCUAACAUUCUCUCCAACGUCUCAGUUUUGUCUCCUCCAUUUUCCCUUUUAUGUUCCUGAACUGUCCUAGCAGUAGCAGGUGAGGCUAAUUCCUCCUCUGUUUUCCUAUUUCAACAAACCUGAGUGCUUGAGUGCCACUCAACCACCUGUGUAUGAUGACUGAUUACUUUGCUUUCAUAUAGUUUUCCAGGUAAGUAUUUGAGAUGGAAGGAGGAAAUGGUGAAAAAGGGUUUCGUUGCAUGCGAGUCGCAAGUCUUUUGAGCCAUUCAAUUCCAGUGUCAAAGGUGGUAAUGAAGUUGCUUUCAGGUGCUACUGCAGUAUAAACUCAAAACGAUCGCAGCAUCAGCAUGGACACCGGUAUCUCAGCUACAGAUGGAUCAUGAAGUCACUGACUAGGCAGACUUUUAUUAUAAUGAUGAUGCUGUUAAGUGAAUACAUCCAACUUUUGGCCCUUUUUAAAAAAAAAAAAUACAUGAUUGUUGCUGGUGAUGAUUUAACUGUGCACAAAUUCUAAGUAUAUGCAUUUAGUUGCACCGUGGAUUGGUUGCACCUAACCAUCGCUAUGUUUCAUUUUCUCUUGCUUUGGAUUUUGUAUCAGAGCUGACUCCGUUCCAGUAGUUUGACUAUGAACUUGAUUUUACCAGCUGUUCAGGUCUGGGGUUGGAGAUUACAGACUGCCAAGGACACUUGGCUCAUCAUGAUGUCUUGAUGAGCCUUCUUCAGUCCAGACCUAAAAUUUUGCUUUGACAGAGCUUUUUUUCCACAAGCAUGCAUGUGUGUUUGUUUUAAUGUGUUUUAUAUAAUGUGUCUUUAUGAAUUUAGGGCACAAACUGUGCCCUCACUGAUAGGCUGGAACGUGGACUUUAAUGCACAUGGUGUCUCAGGCACACCCUUGCUGAAUCCCAGCAAAUUAGCCAAGGACGCUGACGAUGUUCCAGUUCAUAGAACCUCUAAAGAGGAGACGUGCAAAUCUGAAAAUCAAGUGGGACAACAUUCAGCACUCUGAAAAUUAGCCGGAGCUAAUGGACAACCUUUCAGCCUCUUUAUUGUUCUUGGAAUAAAGCGGCAUGAAAAACGUUUGCGUUCACGGUGGGAUGACUGGAGAUGCUGCGUACAGACAGUACAAAAAAAAUGCAAUUUUCAACAAGAAGGUGAUCUAAAUCCCUGUGAAUCAUCUAAAUGACUCCUCAUAACCCUCGAAAACUCUCGUGACGUUGAUCAGCCAUGGAUCGUCUAUUAUAAUUUGUGUGUCAUGGGCGUGUUUUGGAAAUGUUCACCACUGUUAAGGAUCUCUCAUCACACUAUGGACAUGGACGUGCAAUCCUUUAUCAUGCCUUAUUAAGGAUGCUAAAUGAUUUCAUCAUGGUUUGCUUUAAAUUCCUUUUGUUUCUCUUAUUGUAGUGUUGUAACAAACCGAACCACAUUAAACAAUUAUUCACUUAAGAAAAAAAACAGCAAGAAAGAGCUACAGUUAUUAUUACUACCUGUACUACUACAGGUGUGCAUUGCAAUAUAUAAAAAACUGUAGAGUUAGUAAGGAAGGAAUAAAACACAAACUGGGGUGUGCUGUUAUAGGAAAAUAAUCAACGACUGAGUAGGGUUAUGUGCUACUACCACCUCAGUGUUGAUUAUUUUCCUAUAACACCAGGUCCCAAAGUGUGUUAUUCCUCUACCACACCAAUUUGCCAACAAUUACACAUUUUGUAUUAAUUAAAGAAUGACCCGUCAUAUAUUUUUGUCCAUUUAUGGUUACAUUUAAUGUUUAAUGGAAUAUCCAUGAAAUAAAUUAGUUCCUGUUAUCAUUUACUUCAA